AUGAACUGGGUGAGAGGCUCCGCUAUCGGUCGAGGAAGCUCCGCCGCCGUCCACCUCGCCUUUCGCCGGAGCUGCCCGUCUCCGACCAUACAUGCCGUCAAAUCUGCCCCUCUCUCCUCUUCCUCCCUUCUUCAGCGCGAAGAGGCCAUACUGACCGAACUCUAUGGCUGCCCGCAAAUCAUCUCCUGCUUCGGUCACGACAUCACUACAGAUACUGCUGGUGGCGGAAUCGAUCGCCUCUACAACAUAUUCCUCGAAUACGCCGCCAGCGGCUCCAUCUCCGACGCCAUCCGCCGUGCCGGCGGUGUUCUGCCGGAGCAAACUCUGCGUCGCCACCUUCGAUCCAUUCUUUUGGGCCUGCGCCAUAUCCAUUCAAUUGGAUACGUUCACUGCGACAUUAAACCUCAAAACAUAUUAAUCGUCGACGGAGAAGCCAAAAUCGCCGACUUUGGACUCGCAAAGAAGAUAGCAGAGGAAUCCUCCAUGGAAAUCAGGGGAACACCAAUGUACAUUGCACCGGAAUCAGCUACAAGAAAGGAAUACAGGGAAGCGGCGGAUAUCUGGGCAUUUGGGUGCACUGCGGUAGAAAUGAUUUCUGGUCGGUCUCCGUGGCAGUGCACCGAUCAAUCAGAAAUGGGGAUUUGGGGUCUGCUGAUGAGAAUCGGAUCCGACGAUGAGCUGCCGGAGAUCCCUCCGACGAUGUCGGAGGAGGGGAAGGAUUUCCUCCGGCGUUGCUUUGUGAAGGACCCCAACAAUCGAUGGACUGCAGAGAUGCUUUUAUCGCACUCGUUCGUCGAUCUCUCAUCAGCAUCAAAAAUUGAAAAGGAAGACGUUGCUUGCUCUGCGCGAUAUAGAACUCCAAUGAGCGUGCUGGGCGUUUCAUUCUCUCCAGUUCAAUCGACUCUUGAUGGAACGAAAAUGGCAGAUUUGGUUCUAUUAGAGGAAGAUGAAGAUUGGGCGAGAGAAAGAAUUAGAGCAAUGGCGUCGUCGGAGGGGAGGCCAGAUUGGGCAAGCCGCUCGCCGGAGAACGAUGGGUGGAUUAGUGUGAGAGAGGCGAGCACGAGCGCUAGAGUUGAAUACGAAGAUGCUCUCAGGGCCGAGAAAAUUUCAGAUGCUUUCAGGACUAAAAAAGAAUCAGAGCUGGGAAAGGACACCAAUGGCGGCACGUACGCAUUCAGCGAAGAAACCUCAGACCUUUAA